AGUACUCAUAGUAUUUCAAGCUCUCCCUCCCCCAAAAUAUCUGACCGAGAUCUCACCACCUUCGUUUUCCACAGACUCGUUCUCAGAAACAUCCUCACAACGCAACCUUCGUUGUUUGAAAGUAGUUUGGCAGUGCAAUCAUGAAGUUCUCUAGCUUAAUCGUUGUUUCCGGACUUGCCGCUUGGGCUCAAGCACAAACUGCCUGCGACUCCCUGACAGCUGCCAUUCCAACCUGCGGAGUUCCUUGCAUCAGUUCUGCCGCCUCCCUCGUCGGCUGCGGCCAAUUCGAGUACGCCUGCCAAUGUUCCAGCUCCGCAUACCUAGCAAUCCAGUCCGCCGCCCAAGGCUGCGUGCUUUCGGCCUGCUCGGCAGAUGCUGCAUCAGUCCUGAUUGCUGCUAAUGCCAUCUGCUCGUGUGCCUCUUCGGCAGGAGGCGGCUCCUCUGGCUCUACCACCUCUGCUUCGGGCGCUGCGGAAACGAGCUCCUCUGCUGCUCCUAGCUCGAUCAGCUCGGCGCCAACUGCUGCUGCGACGACGACGACGGCGAAUGGGAGCCCGACGAUUAGCGGUUCCGGGGGUCUCCCGCAGAAUACAUCGACUGGUCUUCCUCCGUUUACGGGUGGUCAGGGGAUGCUGAUGCCGUGGGUGGGCGUUGAGUUUGCAGUUGUGGCCCUCUUUGGUGGUCUCUUGAUGCUUUUGUAAGCUUUCAAUGGGUGGCCGAAAGU